GCACGCACGCACACACACACACACGGGUGAACAUAUCAGCUCUUCUACCUCACAAGUUUGUCUCUUAGCUUAGACUUUAUAUUUAUCAGAAUGCGCCUGCUGUUCAUCAGGAUAAAGAAAGACUAAACAGUUUUGGCGCAGUCUGUUGUUUUCGCUGCAGCUGAGAUAGAAUCAAAAGCGAAAGUGCUGCGUUUGUGUUCACUUUAUUUAUUUUUUAAUGUUCCUCGAGCUGAAACCUUACAAACAACAACGGAAUCAGACUUCAAGAUGAUGAUUGAAGUCAUUUUGUUUGGAUUCUUCCAGACGUGCGUUUGUGCUGCUGGAGUCGCAGAUGUGGUACUGUCGUGCAACCUGGUGGAGGAGGGAGCUGGAAUGGGAAGAAUGGGACCAGCCUUCGCACGAUCUCCAGCUACUCUUGUCUUUCGCGAUGUGGCAGUGACCCUCGACGAAUCGCUGGAAACACUCACUCCGUUUGUCCCACCCUCAGUCCCUGAUCCAGACCACAUCCUGUUCGAGGCCAAAGCAGUGUCAUCAGUUGAGAUCCCCCAUAUAGAGGUGUUGCUCCAUGCUGACUGCAAUGAUCAGGAAGUGAUGUGUGAAAUAAGCCAUUACACUCCGCAUGGAUCAGAGGGAAGUUCCUCUCCAGCCUACUUCAUGGUGUCACUUGAUGUUGAAGAAGUUCAGUUCAGCACUUCACUGAUUCUGCAGACCUUGGUGAUAGAGAAGAACCACACAACGCUGGUGCAACCCAAGCUGGGUCUGCCGCUCAGCCAGGCAGGCACACUGCUGACUGAGGUGAUAUUCAUGGUGUUUUCCCACAUUACGUCUGUACCUGCGCCGCUGAGAGGCGACGUCCUCCUCCACUGUGGUUUCAAGCAGCAUGAAAUACUGUUAAUGCAGGAAGUGAGCAUUGAAUGGCGACUGCAGCACAGAGGGAAGGGGCGCAGGAUGCUUGAAAUGAGGACAAGGUUGGAUAAUGCAGAUGGAAACACAGUGGUGUAUUCAGACAAGAGAGACUUGAGAAUGGAUGCCACCCAGGUUGUUAGUGAGGGUAAUGUCUCUGUGACUCUGAACAAGCUGAAGGUUUCUGAUGAGGGGACGUACAUCUGCACCGUCAGUUUAGGCCGUUUCCACGCACAGCAAGUCAUUAAACUCCAUGUUCAUCAACCACCCAGUGUCUCACUCUCAGAGGAGAAGCUGGUUUUGAAGACAGAGUCCCCGCAGACACUGAGCUGUCACUGCAGUAAAUACUAUCCCCUGGAUGCUCAGAUGGAAUGGUUUUAUCUCUCUCCGACCGCUACAGAGCACGUCGUCUUUCCGAAUCAGGGCUCUCUUUCCAGCCAUCGACAGCAUGCUGAUGGGACAUUCUCCCUGUCGUCCCACCUUGCUGUGCCCCCCACUGUCUCCCCAGGCACCAAAAUCAUUUGCAUGGUGUCUCACCCAGCCCUGGACACUCCGCUCUCUGUGAGCGUGUUGGUACAAAGUCCACAACCAGAUUCCUAUCGGUGGAUUCUGGGUUUCCUCAUCAUCACUGUCAUUUUCUUCUACCAGGUUAUGAAAUAAGUUUUUCUGGUAGAUUAUCCCGACUUCAACUUGAGCUCUUCCUUUGUGUCAUUUGUGAGUCUUUAAGUUAUUCGUCAGUUUUUACAAUAAGUAAAUACUGUAAUAAAUGUAAUUCUGUUAAAGGGGACAUAUUAUGCAAAAUCAACUUUUUUACCAUUUCAAUACUUAUAUUUGGGACUCUGGAGGCCCUACCAGUUGCCAAAGUGUGGAAAAUAGUUGUAUUUUAAUAUGUCGCUGUGUUGUGUACAUUUGUCU